AUGGUCUUGACAUCAUUCACGGAUCAAGUGUCAACUGGUGUUGAAGCAUAUUACUUGGAUCCGAAAUUAAAAAUUUCAUCAAUCCAGAUAGAACUCUACAAAUGUUUAGGUUUAACUUAUUCACAAAUGUCUCAAUUUCCAAGUGCUUGUGAAAUCUAUAACAAAGCAAUAGAUUUUGUUGAAUAUAUUUUAAAUGUUAUUGAAUCCAAGAAAGAAUUGGAUGAAAAUUUGAAACAACUCAAGUCAUGUGAAAGGGAAGAGUCGCAAUGUAGUGAAAAAGUUAAUAAGAGAUUGAUUGCCUAUUAUUUAAUAAGAGUUUUUCAAGGGUUAAAACAAGAUUAUUGUUAUGUUAAUUGGAAUAUUGAUUAUAUAGGAAAAAAGGAUUAUAUAAUUAACUCAUAUCUUUCAAAAUUACAAAAAGAGUUCUCUGUAGAAAUGGGCACAGAAGAAGAAAAACAAUUUUUGGAACAAAGAACAGAUCCUGACUUGAUUCUCCUUUAUAUCAAAUAUUUACUUUUACUUGGAUUAUAUAAAAUUUCAUUAGGGAAUCUUUCUGAUUUGAAAUUAAUCCUAAAAUCUAUUCAAGAUUGCACACAGGCACUUCAAAAUGCUAUGAAAACACCACAUUUAUUUACCUAUGAAUGGCUUGAAUUGAAUCCUAUAAUAAGUAUGGUGUGGCUUAUUGCAAGCUAUUUUUAUAGAACAUGUGGUCAACUUUCAAAAUCAGAAGGAUAUAACACAAAAGGAAUUUCUAUGGUUGAAAAAUACCUAAAAGAGCUUGAUAAUAUUGGCUUCAUGCUUGAUAAGAAGAAGAAUGACAAUGCCUUAUAUUCUAUAUUCAUCAAAUUUAACUUAUUACAAGAUAUGAUUUUGAUUCAUUUAUCUAGAUCAGAGUUUGUACUUGCCGCAAAAAAUACUUUCAAGCUAAUAGAGUUCUUAUAUCAAUUCCCUGAUCUAUUUGAAACCUAUAGACAUAACAUCCAUUUAUUAAUUGGACUUUUAUUAUUUUUUACAAAUAAUCCCAAAACAUAUUCAGCUGCAAAUGAUCAUUUUGAAUUUGUUGUGAAGCAUUCUACAUCAAGAAAUUUAGUUACUUGGGCUAAUAUUUAUCAAAUAUUUUGGAAAUUAAAUUGUGUAGGUGAAGAAUAUUCUACAAACCAAUUAUUUAGUGAUUUGGAUAUCCUAAAUAAGUCACUAGAUAAGAAUGGGCUAAAGCAGGCUGAAAAUUUUAAAAGUUAUAUUUCAUUUAUCAAAGGUAUUCUAUGUUUGAGAAAUUCAGCAUUCGUAGAAGCGAAAAAUCAUUUUCAAAAAUGUAUUGAUCUAAUGGAAAAAUUGUCACUUGGUCAAAAGGGUGUACUAAGACAGUGCAUUCUUGGAAUCUUAAAGUGUUCAUGGAAAAACCAUGAUUCUUCAAAACAAAAAACACUGGAAGGUGUUUCAAAAGUUGUGCAAGAGGCAACCAAUGAUCAAGAUUUGUUGAACCAGAUGCAGUGUUUAGCAUUUUUAUUAGAAUUGUCUAACAAUUCCUGUGGGUCAGAAAUGGAUACAACAACUGAUUUUGAUAUUGAUAAUAUAAGAUUGAGCCAACCCGAACCUAUUCAAAACCAAUUCUUCCAAGUUGAACAAACACUCAAAGAAAAUGUUAAUAUUCUACUUAAUAGUGAGAUUAAUUCUCAAUACGAAAUAUUAAAAUCUUGGUUUCCUAAUGGAAAUGAGGGCUACGGCAAGAAACUUUAA